AUGGAACAGUACUUUACUGCAACAAGGGUGCCAGACGCUGAUAAGUUGAAUAUUACCGCAAUGUAUUUGUCGGGUGAUGCAAAACUUUGGUGGAGGACUCGAAAUGCAGACAACGUGAGUGCUGGUCGUCCUAGAAUUGAUACAUGGGAUAAGCUUAUAAAAGAAAUGCGCGACCAAUUUCUUCCUAGCAAUGCAUCUUGGCUUGCAAGGGAUAAAUUGAAAAGGUUAAGUCAGACGGGUUCAGUGAGGGAAUAUAUAAAAGAAUUUACCUCUGUGAUGUUAGACAUACAAAAUAUGUCUGAUGAGGACAAACUUCACAAUUUCAUUUCGGGCAUGCAAGGCUGGGCUCAAAACGAAUUACGAAGGCAGAAUGUUAAAGAUCUGCCUGGGGCAAUUGCUGCUGCUGAUUCGUUGGUGGAUUUCCGGACGACUCGUCCUUCGACAGACGUCCCCUCCACUUCAAAAACUAAGAAAAAGAGUGAGAAGAAAGGGGAAUGGAGAAAGGAUAGUCGUAAAGAAAAUACAAAUGAUAAGGGAAAGGGACAAAUGAGGGAUGGGAAAGACAGACCAAAGAAUAAAGAUGGAAAUUCUAAGGGCUGUUGGACUUGUGGUGGUCCUCAUUUGGCCAAAUCUUGUCCAAACCGGGAAAAGGUGAAUGCUAUGCUUGCUGGAAAUAUGAGUCAAAGGGAGGAGGACGAAGAGAUUGUGGCUGCAAUGGAAAAUCCAUUGGGAUUGUCUUUUAAUCACAUUAUGGGGAUUAACAAUGUUGGGGAAAUCUCCAGCACUUCGAAUCCUCAUGCUUCCUUGAUUCAUAUAGAAAUGAAAGUAAAAGAACAACGUGUGAUGGCAAUGGUUGAUACAGGGGCCACACAUACGUUUGUAGAUGUGAAGGUUGCUACAAAAUUGGGGCUGAAGUUGUCUAAAAGCCCUUCCUACGUCAAAACAGUCAACGCUAAGGCACAAGCCAUUGUGGGCAUGGCUUAUGGGGUGUCUAUGUCGACUGGAAGUUGGGUGGGAAAACAUAACUUGACGGUGAUGCCGCUUGGUGACUUUGAAAUCAUACUUUGGAUUGAUUUCCUAAGGAAAUUCCAGUUUGUUCCGUUUCCUCACUUAGAUGGAGUGAGGGUCAUGAAUGGGAGCAAUGCUGGCUUUCUCCAAGGUGUUCAUCCGUUUGGGAACAUUAAUGAAGUUGCAAAGAAGAAAGACAAGGGUAUGUUGUUGUCUGCUAUGUCAAUCGAGAAAGGGCUGAAGAAAGGUGAAGACACUAUACUUGCUGCCUUGGUCGAAGUAAAACCUGAUGUGAAGAUGGAAGUGCCUGAUUGUGUUGGUGAAUUGCCUAAACAGUAUGCUGAUGUUAUGCCGCCUGAAUUACCAAAGAAGUUACCACUAAGGAGAGAUAUAGAUCAUAAGAUUGAGUUGCUGCCUGGUACGGUUGCUCCUGCACAGGCUCCUUAUCGUAUGGCUCCUAAGGAAUUGGUUGAAUUACGCAAACAAUUGAAUGAAUUGCUAGAUGCUGGAUUGAUUCAGCCGUCUAAGGCUCCGUAUGGUGCUCCUGUUCUAUUCCAAAAGAAACAGGACGGGACAAUGAGAAUGUGUGUGGACUACCGGGCGCUGAAGAAGGCAACUAUAAAGAACAAGUAUCCGGUUCCGUUGGUGCAAGACUUGAUGGAUAGGUUAAGCAAGUCAUGCUGGUUCACAAAACUUUAUUUGAGGGCAGGUUAUUGGCAGGUUAGGAUAGCAGAGGGUGAUGAACCAAAAACUACAUGUAUAACUAGAUAUGGUUCUUAUGAAUUCCUUGUAAUGCCGUUUGGGCUGACUAAUGCCCCGGCAACGUUUUGCAACUUAAUGAACAAUGUACUGUUUGACUAUCUUGAUGACUUCGUUGUUGUUUACUUAGAUGAUAUUGUCAUAUAUAGUCGAACAUUGGAAGAACAUGUUAAUCACCUAAGUCUGGUUUUGUCUCAAUUGAGGAAAUACACGCUUUAUGUCAAGAUGGAAAAGUGUGAAUUCGCUCAACGAGAGAUAAAGUUCUUGGGGCAUCUUGUUAGUAAAAACCAAGUUCGAAUGGAUCCUAAGAAAGUGCAGGCCAUUGUUGAUUGGCAGGCACCUCGUCAUUUUAUUGCUGGUUACUCAAAGAAGACAGUGUCUUUGACAGAUUUGUUGAAGAAAGAUGCAAAGUGGGUUUGGUCUGAACGGUGUGAAGAAGCAUUUCAGAAUUUGAAGGAUGCGAUCGCAUCUGAACCUAUACUCAAAUUGCCUGAUUUUGAGUUACCGUUUGAAGUGCACACUGAUGCGUCAGACAAGGCAAUUGGUGGCGUAUUAGUGCAGGAAGGUCAUCCAGUAGCCUUUGAAAGCAGAAAGUUGAAUGAUGCUGAACAAAGAUACUCAGCACAUGAGAAAGAAAUGGUUGCGGUAGUACACUGUUUGCAGGUUUGGAGAGUUUAUCUCUUGGGCACUCGAUUUGUGGUGAGAACUGAUAAUGUAGCAAAUACAUUUUUCAAGACACAGAAAAAGUUGAGUCCUAAACAAGCACGGUGGCAAGAAUUCCUGUGCAACACAAGUUCAAGUGCUUGGGUGUUGGCAAGGCAGCUUGAACGUGCAUGGCUUACGUGCGGGCUAAGGGCGUUGGCAAGACAGCAUGUUGGCUUGAUGAAGCAAGGCUGUGAAGACUUGGCAAUGUCAGGGACAAAGGCAGUUCACCCGAAAUGGCUGAAAUAA